AUUUGCUCCAAGACCCCGACACCAAGACACACACUCCACUACUAUGAAGCUCUCUGCUGCUGUUCUCGCGCUCGCCGCCGCGGCCUCGGCCACCGACGCCAAGGAGUUCUGCGGCCGCAACGACAUGCAGUUCUUGGGCGACUACACGGUGUACAACAACCUGUGGGGCGAGGACAACGACCCUGAGGGCGGCCAGUGCACGGAGGUGGACGGCAGCAGCGACUCGGAGGUGUCGUGGCACACGCACUUCAACUGGGCGGGCGACAACUGGCAGGUCAAGUCGUACGCGAACGCCGCGCUCAAGUUCGACCCGGUGCAGGUGGCCAACGUCAAGUCCAUCCCUACGACCAUGAGCUACAGCUACACGUACGACGGCAACAUCAUCACCAACGUGGCGUACGACCUGUUCACGAGCCCCACCAUCGGCGGCGAGACCGCGUACGAGCUCAUGGUGUGGCUGGCCGCGCUGGGCGGCGCCUGGCCGCUCACGACCACGGGACAGCCCAUCAAGGAGGUGAACCUGGGCGGCGUCGACUUCAACUUGUACCAGGGCUGGAACAACAAGACCAAGGUCUUCACGUACGUGGCUAAGCAGACCACGUACACGUUCGAGGCCGACCUGCGCAAGUUCUUCGACGAGCUGCCGGCCGACAACACGAUCGAGGCGACCCAGUACCUGACCCACGUGCAGGCGGGCACGGAGCCCUUCCAGGGCAAGAACGCCACCUUCACGGUGCACAAGUACUCGGCCGCCGUCCACACGGCCUAGGGGUCUCUCUACUUGUAGAUUGCUAAGUAGGUAGACUCAGCGGCGAAGACGCCGACCGUCCUAAACAAUUGAAUUUGAUGGUACAGCUCACAGCCCC